AUGGCAACAGCAAAUUCGGGGCCCACGAUGCGAAAAGACCGGCAUUGCCCCCGGGUCGACACCCUCGAGCUGAAACACCACAUCCAGAUGAAACUCGGCCACCAGAAAUCCGAAAAGUACUUUAAUCUGCUGAAUAAGUACUUAAGCUUUGGUGUCAGCAAAUCAGAAUUCGACAGGUUCUGUGUCGAGCUAAUUGGGAAACAGAAUCUCCCACUUCAUAACGGACUCAUUCGUGCCAUCUUAAAAAACGCAUGUGCCGCCAAAACUCGUCCCGUUAAAGAAGCAAAUCCGUUAAAUGCAUCAGCAAAAAAUGGAUAUCAGAAUAGUCUCCAUUUGCUCAGGGACGUUUUCCCUCAGUCACCUAGAAAAGGGCGGUCUCCUUCACUUCGCGAUCGCAAGUCCAAGGACCGGAUGAGCCCGCUUGGGCCCAACGCCAAGGCCCAUAUUGCGGCCCGUGAGGAUGCGUGCCCGAGAGUCCAAGAACAGCAGAGUGCGACAGAGAUUUUCUCUUUGGGCAGCCGGCCUCCGGCGGAGGUCACAUCCGAAGAGGGCGAGGAGGUCGAGCAAAUGGCCUUGAGCCCCGGCAUACACAGCCGAACCGCACUUAAGGCUCCGUUUGGGGUUCGUUUCAAUUCGAGAGAAACGAAAAAGUUUUUGUCCUGUGGAUUUCCUACUAAGGACGAUUUGGAGGCUUGCUAUAAUAAUAUCGGGCUUCCAGAUACAGGUAGUUUGAGGAAGAGGUUGGAUCAGAAUUUAGCUGUGGAAGGCUUAACAGUCUCAGCUUAUUGCGUGAACUUGAUAAACAACGGACUCGAUGUGUAUUUGAAGAGAUUAAUAAAAUCCUGUCUUGAUUUGGCUGUGUCGAGGUCUAUAGAGAAGACCUAUGUGUCAGUUGCGGACUUUGAGAUUGCAAUGCAGUCAAAUCCUAGGAUACUCGGAGAGGACUGGCCUGUGUUGCUCGAGAAAGUGGGCUUGCGUGUGUCGGAUAAUUGUAUGGGUCGAUUAUAA